UUCCAAACGGCGGCUGCGCGGGCGCAUCGGGAGACAACGGCACUUGUAUGACUGCGCGAGAGUGUUCCGCUAGAGGUGGCGCGGCCAACGGAUACUGCGCCAACGGAUUCGGUAUCUGCUGCAUUUUUAUGACGUCAUGCGGCAGCACUACGUCUGAGAACGGAACCUACUUCGUGAAUGCCGGCUACCCCUCCGCCUAUGAUGGGUCCGGCUCAUGCGAUCUCACCGUUAUUAAGGCUCAUUCGGACGUGUGCCAAAUAAGAUUAGACUUCGACCGGUUCAGCAUCGCUGGUCCCGAGAGGAUCAACAACGUGUGCAGCCGGGACCAGUUCAUCGUGUCCGGUGGUAACCCGGUACCAGCGAUAUGUGGUACCAACCAGGGCAGUCAUAUGUACAUCGACGCGGGCAUAGGAACCACGAAUCCAGUAAAACUGACCUUCGUGACCAGUGGAACUUCUUACGAGAGGAUUUGGAAGGUGAAGGUAACCCAAAUACCAUGCAGCACUAUCUACAAAGCCGACGAGGGCUGUCUUCAGUACUACACUGGUGUAUCGGGCCAGCUGAAGUCUUUCAACUACGAUCCAGCUUCGGGCCUGCAGCUCAGCAACCAGGACUACGGCAUCUGCGUGAGGAUGGAGAGGAACUUCUGCGGGAUACAGUACUCCGCUUGUCCUGAUCCAGUAAACAACCGAUCCAGAGCAUUCACAAUAAGCGGAAACAGCAACACUCCCGUAAAUUCCAUGAUCGGGUCUGGCGCUGGGCCCACUAACUGUGCCAACGACUGGCUCCUCGUGCCGUGUGCCAGUAACGUCGGCAGAAUACAGCCUGCGCAGGCCCUAUGUACGGACAGAAUAUGCGGGGGCACCUUCUCAGCAGAUUUGUCGAUGCAGGCGUCGACGGUCAUGAGUACAGUGAAACCCUUCCGUUUGUGGUUCCACACGGACGCCGUGGAGGCACCCACCGACGUCGACAACAGAGGGUUCUGCCUAAAUUAUAUACAGCAACCGUGUACUAAUAAUGUUCUUCCACUCGCAGCCUCCACUCAGAGCGCUGGCUUUCGACGGAAGCGGACGCAACCAGCAACCCUGGCUCGAUACUCGGACUCCACUACAAUGGUGGUUGUUGAGCCAACCGCCAACAACGAUGACGCUGAUUCUGAGUCUAAAACAUGCGGGAAGAUCCUGGUAGUCCUGUCAUGGAUUCUUGUCAUCGUGACCAUGCCGUUUUCGCUUUUCAUCUGCUUCAAGGUGGUGCAGGAGUACGAGAGGGCGGUAAUCUUCCGUUUGGGUAGACUCCUCUCUGGGGGAGCUAAAGGACCGGGUAUAUUCUUCAUCCUGCCCUGCAUUGAUUCCUACGCCCGUGUCGACCUUCGUACCCGCACCUACGAUGUUCCACCGCAAGAGGUCCUGACCAAGGACUCCGUGACUGUCUCCGUGGACGCCGUGGUCUACUACCGCGUCCACAACGCCACCAUAUCGAUCGCGAACGUGGAGAACGCUCAUCACUCCACCCGUCUCCUGGCCCAGACCACCCUAAGGAAUACUAUGGGCACCCGACCCCUGCACGAGAUCCUGAGCGAGCGCGAGACUAUCUCCGGCAAUAUGCAGAUCUCUCUAGACGAGGCUACCGAAGCUUGGGGCAUCAAGGUGGAACGCGUUGAGAUCAAGGACGUCCGUCUCCCGGUGCAACUCCAACGCGCCAUGGCUGCUGAGGCUGAAGCUGCUCGUGAGGCCAGGGCCAAGGUGAUCGCUGCUGAGGGAGAGCAGAAGGCUUCUAGGGCCCUGCGCGAAGCUUCCGAAGUGAUCGGUGACAGCCCCGCCGCUUUGCAGCUACGUUACUUGCAAACCCUCAACACCAUCUCGGCUGAGAAGAAUUCCACCAUCGUUUUCCCUCUGCCCAUCGAUCUGCUUACUUACUUCAUGAAAGCUAAAGAAGAAUCUUAAGCUAAUAGAUGUCUACGAAUAUUAUCUUAAAUGUCUAAAUAUUCUUGUAUCGUUCGUUGUUGUAUAAUCGUUGUAAAAAUACGCUCUCCAGCGUAUUUUUUUAGGAAGGAAAUAGGAUAGUUAUGUAACAAGCUGACUGGAUGGCCUAUUAAGCUCACCGUAAUAUUUUAAACUACAUACAUCUACACAAGUUAUAUAUCAUACGUAUAGCGCACACACACGAAAAAUUUCAUCACUAAUUAUUGUAAUAGUACAAAAACCUUUUUAUCUCACAUUGGCGCUUAGUGCUUACACAACUGAACUCAGCGGGGCUAAAAUGCUCACAUUUAG